AUGCCCGCCACCGCGUCGGGGGUGGACAACGGGGGCUCCGCCAAACAUCGCGAGCACACCCAGGGGAACCAAGAACGCAAGUACACUCCGGAACAGAAGGCGGCUGUCUUGCGGAUCCGGAAAUGCUCCGCGACAGCGUACUAUGAGAUCCUGUCCCUGGAGAAGACGGCCUCGGAUGGAGAAAUUAAAAAGGCAUAUCGGAAACUGAGUUUGUUGACACACCCUGAUAAGAACGGAUAUGAAGGUGCCGAUGAGGCAUUUAAGUUGGUGUCUCGUGCGUUCCAAGUCUUGUCAGACCCCGAAAAGAAGUCCAAAUACGAUAAGUUCGGUGGAGAUCCCGAUAGUCGAUUCACCCCCAGCGCUGGUCCUUCGGGGGGUUCACCUUUUGGCGGAUUCGGUGGUGGCUUCCCCCGAUCCGGGGGUGCUGGUGGCCCGGUCUUCGAGGAGGAAAUCUCGCCAGAGGAGCUGUUCAACCGCUUCUUUGGCGGUGGUGGCUUUGGCGGCAUGGGAGGAGGGUUUAGUCCAUUUGGUGGCCCGCAGUUCGUCUUCAACAUGGGCGGCGGUCCUGGGUUCCGCGUCCACCAAUUUGGCGGUCCCCGGCCACGGAGACGGCCUCGGGAAGCCCACCCCGGGUCCGAUGAAACGCCCUCCCCUUGGGACACGCUCCGACAGCUUUUGCCCCUCUUUCUCCUCUUCGUUCUCCCGUUGCUCUCCUCGCUUUUCUCUGGAUCGUCCACGCCAUCCGGUCCCUCCUAUCGAUUUGACGCCGCAGUACCACCCCAUACGAUGCAACGAACGACACCCAAACUCAAGGUCGACUACUUCCUCAACCCCGUGGAUGUAGAAGACUACAGUCAGAGAAAAUUCUCCCAGCUAGACCGAAAGGUGGAAGUGGACUAUGUCACCACCCUCCGAUAUGCGUGUGAGAAUGAGGUGCAAGUACGUGAUCGCAUGAUCCAGGAUGCUCAAGGGUGGUUUUUCCCGGAUGUAGAGAAGAUGAAGGCGGCGAGGUCCAUGGAACUCAAGAGCUGCCAGCGAUUGGAAUCGUUGAAGGGCAGAUAUUAG